AUGCAUUAGGAACACAUUAAAAUGAAUAUUUUGAAAUAAAUCAAAGUUGAUACAAAUGACAUUUAUCAUGUGGAUGCAGAAAAGUAUUUUAAGAAAUAAUGCACAUCCUUAGAAAUAAUACUUAUAUCUCGAAUGAUUACAAAAAUCAAUAAGAGGAAUAAUGAAUAGUUAAGAAUGAUAGCAAUUUCUAAUGAGUUUGUUUAUAAUAUAGAUAAGAAGUCAAUUAAAAGAAAGAUUGCAAUUAACAAAAUAUUUGGAGUCACAAUUUCAAAAGUGAGUAAAGAAUUUAUUAUACAUGUACCUACAGAAUCUGAUUUAUUGUACAAAUCAUAAGAGAAUAGAGAUGUAAUAAUAUUUUACUUAGCAAUUGCAUUGAAAAUGCACAAUAUAGAUGGAAUAAAAAUAUAUUUUAUAGAAGAUGAAAUCUUAUAACCUUAUUGUAUGCAUCAUUAAACACCUGAUAAAUAAAAGUAAACUAGUUUACAUCCAAAAUGUUAAAUUAAUAUAUUACAUCCUGAGAAUUUCUAAUUAAAUUAUAUCAAUAUUAUGAAUAAAAGUAAAGCAAAUGCAAAUGAAUUAUUGGUAUUGUUUGCUAAUGAUCCAUUAAGAUUAAGAGUUAAAUUAGAUGAAUAUUAGAAAUCAGUAGUCUUAGCUUAAGGAUCUUUAAGUAAGAUAUACUUAUUACAUAAUAAAUAUGAAAAAUAAUAACAAUUCUCAGUACUUAAAUGUGUUCCUAUGAAUUCUGUUGAUAUAGAUCUUUUAGAGCUCUUUCUCAAGAAUUAUGAGAAAUUGCCAUUUAUAGAAGAACUUGAAUUGUGUUUACUUUAUAAUGGUAAUGUUAAUUUGAUUUUCAAAUUUGUGAAAGGAGGAGACCUUUAUUAACAUUUAAAGGAUAUUAACAAUUUUCCAGAAUAAUAAGUAAAAUAAAUAGUUGCAUAAGUAGCAAUAGCAUUAUCAGAUCUACAUGAGAGAGGAAUUAUAUUUGGAGAUUUGAAACCUGAGAAUAUUUUGAUAGACGAAAGAGGUUAUGUAUAUUUAACUGAUUUUGGAUAUGGUAAAUUAAGAAUGUAUUAGGAAUACAAAAAAACAUAAGCAAUCAAUUUUACUAUUGAAUAUUCAUCUCCAGAAUAUAUAAAAAAUGGAGAACUUACUAGAAUGUCUGAUUGGUAUAGUUUAGGCAUUCUUAUUUAUGAAUUAUUGGUAGGUAUAACUCCAUUCUAUCACAACAAUUUUGAAAUAUCUUUGAAAUUAAUUCUCAAAGGUGAAAUUCAUUUUCCAAAAAAUAUAGUUUGUUCUUCAUAAUGUAAGGAUAUUAUUUAAAAAUUGAUAAAACAUGAUAGUACAUAGAGAUUAGGAUUUCUAACGGAUUUUAAGGAAUUAUAAAGUCAUCCUUGGUUUCAUGAUAUUUCUUGGGAGGAUUUAGCAUAGAAGAAAUAUGAUACUCUUGCAUAUAUACCAUAAUUUAAUGAAAUAUCUUAAAUAUCAGAUAGAUAUUUUACUAUGGAAUAAUUAAAUGAAGAUGAAAGAACUUGGUGA